GGUGGCGCAUUGCUUUGCAGCCCUGGUUCGAUCAGCUGUCAGAGUGCGCAAAUCAGAAAAACAGUGGGAGUCUAACAAAAAUAAAUAAAAUUGAAUAAAAAUACAUUUUGUUAUGGCGCCGCCCCUCAAAGUAGUUGUGGACCAGGGCAGCGCCUCCGCCCGCUCCAGCGGCAAUAGCAAUAACAAUUCUGUCAGCGGUGCGACCGGCGCAGUGCCCAAACAGCAGCAACAACAACAGCGUCCCCUUUUGAAUGGGGGAACAUCUGCAGCCGGAACCGCAGCGACCACUCCUACAACCGGCCGGUCUACCCGAUCCCGUCGGCAGCAAGAGCACCUGGGCGAGCCGGACCUCGAAUUCGUGGAGCCCCUACAGCGAGAGACGCUGAAAACACUAAACGAGCUGCUGCACCGAUCCCGCAUUACAAACGGAAAAAUCCGUCCCCCAGAGGAUCAGCAGCAACCCACAUCCUCUAGAGACCCUGGGAGUCAAGCUCAAGAGCAACAGAAACCACGACACGAAUCGGGGGAGCAGAGCAGCUACGAUACAGUUGAGCAACAGCAGCAACGCUACCGAUUCCCCGUGCGUCCUGUGCAGCGCGUCCAGCAUCAGCCGUCGUCCUCGUCUCCGGCAGUCACUUCCACAUCUUUGUUGCGGCUGCGUCAGACGACUCCCCCGAAUGCCGCAGUGGGCGUAGUUAUUCCAAACGCGACUACCAGCAACGGAAACUGCAACAGCGGCGACGAGAAUCCCAUUCCAUUGAGCGCUAACCUGCAGACUCUAGUGCAUCGCUUUCUUAGCCUUCCCCCAAUAACUCACAGGAUUGAAGGCGGACGCUCUCAAGUAGAGGUUCUGCGUUCCCUGCUGGAACUAGACGAAAACUUGAACAGCCACGGUCACCAGUCAGCGGAAAACCUAGUGGAGCAACUUAACAACAUGGUGCACGAAAUUAAUCCAGGUGUGGAACAAGAGGAGGGCGUAGUGAACUCUACAAGCCUGGAGGAUGUUGCUUUAAGCGAGAUGAGCGACAACCGUGCCCAGUCUAUUCAAUCUUUGCACAGCGUCCUGGAAACUCCUACGCCCGACACUGCACCCACCUUUGAUGAGCUGCAGCAGAGGCUGGAGGCCUCCAACCGCAACAUGCAGCAUCUGCAAGAUGAGCAGGCCAAACUAUUGCAAAUCCAGAACCUGGCCAAGUCGCAUCUCAGCGAGAUGGAACAGCUGCGGCAGCAAGCCAGUCAAUUACCCCACAAUAGGGGAGGAGGAGAUGCCCCAAGUUACGAGUCAGUGCAACAGGUGCAAGAUGAUAUGGCCUCCUUGGUGGGACGCAUGAAAAAUCUCACGGCUUUCAUUCACAAUCAGAACGAGCUUAGCAGCGUGUUGGGAGACGAUGGACCUGAAAUCUUGGCAGAGCAACAGGCCCUACAGCAAAAGUUGGAAUCGCUUCGAGGUCAACGCGAGGACAUGCGUAACCUGGUCGAAGAGCUAAAUAGUAUCAACCGCGUGGCCAGAGAGACUCGCUCCAACGUUAACGCAAGGUCUGCCACUCCUCCACAAAAACCAGCCCUUGAACAAGCCCAGGCCUCGGAGCCGGUCUCUGCUCCAGCGCCUGCUAAGGAGCGAGUUGUGCCGGUGGAAUACCAACGCAAUGUGCCCAUCCUGCGCCAAGAGGCCGCCAGCGCAGCCCAGCGGGCACUCCAAGCUCAAGCUAUGAUCAACCAGAAGACGGCGGAUAUUGACGCCUUGAAAGCGCAAAUGGCAAAGUUGAAGAGUAUGCUGAACACAGUCAACCAAAUUGAGGAAGGAACACCUAGUGUGGGCGCCUCAUUGGAGCGCCGAAGUGAGGAACGGGGCAGCGUGGAGCGAGCAUUGCCGGCAGAGAUAGCCCAGCGUGUUUUCGCGCUUAACGAUGUUACUUCGGAGCUGCGUGCUGAGGCAGCCAGCCUGCAAAAGGAGCGCGACCGGAUUCUCGCUCUCAAAGCAGAAAUCGAACGCCGCAAGCAGCAAGCUGCCGCCGCAGUUCUCAUGGGCGAAGAGGCCCUAAAGCGAAACAGUCUUACGCCGACCCCAACGCCAGCAAGACAACGAGCAGUGGAGGAGGAUGAGGAAAACGAAGAUCCCUCCGAGGUAGAUACCUCUCUUCAGGCCACGCCCACCAAGGAACAAUUGCGCGACGAGCUGCGGCUCCAGUGCGAGCGCUUGCGAAAAGAGUACGAACAGAAGCAGCGAGAGCUGGAGCAGCGCUACGUUGCUAGCAACCAAACCACUUCGGAGGCAGACGACGAAGGUAACGACGAUACCGACAGCGACCGGUACUUUGCCCACGUCCGCACCGCCUCUUCGGCGACGCUGAAACGGGCACCAUCGGCCAGCACGGUGGUCGAACAGCGGCGCGGACAGCUCGCUUCUCACCCGCCGCCACCGCCGCCACAGGCUCCACCCUCAGCCCACACUGAGGACGAACUGAACGCCACAAUAGACACGUUGUCGCUGGGAAACGACAGUCUGCCCUCGAGCAGCAACAGAUCGCAGUACAUGCCACCCCCCAUGCAGCCGGUGAAGGGCAUUUGGGGCUCGCAGAACUCAGGCAGUGCCUGGCACAGUCAGCAACCUAGCUAUGGGCAAGCCACCUCCAGCUCAGGAGCAGAGUUCAAAGCGCAGACGGCAGCCCCGCAGGCAAACUCAUCCAACACCUCGGGAUCGAACGGCUCCCCCGAUCCCGUCAUGCUGCAGCAGUUUAUGCAAACCCAGCAGAUGCUUAUUAACUCAGUGUGCCAGUGCAACCAAACUUUGUGGCACCAGCAACGGGAAAUCGACGCACUUAACAGUCAGCUGCACGCGCUCCAAGAUCGCCUCAAUGUGGUGGCUUGUCAGGACCAUGGUUUUGGGAUGCGAGCGGACUCCGUUCCUCCACCGAAUCUCAACAACCUCUGCCUGGGAAGUACACGCGCCCAAUCAGAGCAGCUCUUCAGCUUCGGCACCCAUCAGAGCGCCUUUAGUAACUUCCAGCGCAGUCAUCGGGCAGGAGGCGACAGCCACCUGCAUCAGCAGCAGCAGCAGCUGCAGCACCAACAGCAGCCGUUUCUAAAUAACGCUGCUCCCCCACCAACUCAUUUCAACAACGAAACCCCUCUGUCACCACCGUCGUACCGCAACAGCCCGGGACCCAUUUUCAUGAACCACCACAACAACACGAUUCACCAAAACAACGCCAACCUGCGCACCCAGAACCAGCAUGCAAACAACCUGCACACCCUCUCCGAGGGAUCCGGAUCGGGAACUGGAGUAGCCGCCACGCUCAACAACCAAGUGCCCCCGGGCAACAGGGCCAACAACUACUGGGACAACUUCCGCAGCCACUCCCGCCAAAAUCUUCUGUCGAACAAGAGUAACGAGGAGCAGAACCUGGACUUCCAGCAGUACCGUCGGCAGCGGACACGGCCAAGCUACUUUCAGACGCCGCAGCUUCUGGCGCCUCACUCUUCCCGCGGGUCGGCGAGUGGAGUCACCCUUCAGCAACAGCAACAGCAGUCGCAGCCGCAGCGAAGACAUUUUUUUGAGUCGCCACUAACAGCUUUGCAUGGCAGCAGCAGCAAUAACCUGAACAAUAGUGGCAGUGCGGUCAGGAAGCGAGACUGGCGCGAGGACCAGGCUCUCGACCACAAUCGCGAAGAAGAGGAGGUGGAUGAUGUGGACGAAAACCUCGACAAUGCGGUGUUUGGCUCUGGUCGCAGACGCAACCGGCGGCGUCCACAGCUCUCAACACUGCGGGACGAGGAGCCUGAGCAGGCAAACUCGUCCAACCUAAACAUGAACGUCAACUUCGGCAACAGCCCCUUGUACCAACGAAACAAAGUGCCAGCUAAGCCGAGCACUUCUGCAGUCUCAUUGACUCCUAUCCAACAGCGCCACCUGCGUUUCGAUUUUGAGCUGCCUGCUCAGUACAUGGACUACGCCGAAUUGCCACAGGCAAGCCCUCUGGAUGCUACUGCAUCUUUGGGUCAGGAGCCUUCUCCAGAGGACGAUUCGAACGUUUUGGAGCGGGAGAGAAUCGAGGAGACUGCGUCUGAGGAGCUCAACCGUAACCUACUGGUCAAUGCACUGAAGAACGACAAAUUCACUACGAAGUUCUACGAGUCUAUAAAGGAGGACGUCUACCGCCGGCUGGAGUCGCUCUUCGAGCAGCAACAACUUCAACAAUUCCAGCAACCGCAGGAGCCACAAAACUUGCGAAAGGCGCUAAACCAGGACGAUAAUGAGCCCCGUCUCAAUCCAGAUGUUGAAGCGACAGAGAGUCGCAGCGACACACCGCUGGAACCGGUGAGCCUGCAGUUGGAUAACGAUCGUCCUGAGGACGAUAAGGCCCUUGAGCCUAGUACCCUUGAGCAGGGCGAAUUGGCAACGAACGCUUAUGUGGCGUCUGUUGUUACUCCUUCAAGAAAGGAAAACGAGGAGAAGGGACCGGAGAAUGCAGAUGAGCAAUCAGAUGAUGCGGCAAAAGAUGUAGCCUCGGAUUUGGGUCCUAACCUGGGCCCUGAUCAUGAGCUCAUCGAGUACAUCAUAAAACGCAUUCGCAACCAAACGCACAACAACACCGUAAUAAACGACUCCCUCUUGGUGGAGGUCUCCAAGCUGACGGCCACGGCAGCGCAGAACUCGACCAGUGCCAGCUCCCCACUCAUAUCCCCCAAACGCAUUUAUGCCAAAAUCAAGAAGAUGGUCAUGCCUCGGCAGCGCGACAAUUUUCUGCUGUGGUACCGAAAUUAUUUGGAACAACUCUUCGUAGUAGUUCAGCCCCCUGAGGGCAUGAAGGUGCAGUCCAAUAAGCCCCAAUCUCGGGAACUAUCCCAGCCCCACUCGCAAGACUCUCAAAACGAUGGCGACCUGGCCGAAGCUGACCAAAAGAAUGGUAACUCCCCCGUAAGUGGCGAGCUGGAGUGUGAGAAUGAUGAAAACCCGGGAGAGGAGGCGGACGCUCUAGUGGUAGAUGAAUCGCCUGAUCAAGAAAAGGAGCAAACCCAGGACUAAACGAGGGAAUAAUCCUAUCUAUUUAUACAUUCCUAAUAUCAUAGCUUACACUUAUCCAUACGGACACCCCAUCACUCAUUCCCGUUUUUCGGGGCGUUAAAUUUAUGUUAUUCUUACCCUAGUUUUCAGUUUUGGAUUAGAAAACCCAUUUAAAAUUAAAUUACACAACUUUUUUACACCGAA